AUGGAACAAUCAAAAAUUGAAGCAGCUCUUUCUCUGAUUAGAAGAUUACCUCCUUAAAAGAUUCACUAUAAUGCAACAGCAUUGAGCAAUUUAAUAGAAGAUUAAGCAGAUGAAUUCCUUUAGAAAAUAGAUUAACCUCUUGAAAUCGGAGUCUGCUCUGUCACUAAUAGAGAAUUCAUAAAAUGUGAGUUUAACAGAGAUGGAAACAGCUAUAGAUCUCCUUACUCCAAUGUGUAUCAUCCACCUUUUGAAGAUGGUGAAGAUGGCGUUGUUCCUAUGUAAGAUACACGUGAUCUUGAAAUUAAAGCCAAUGAGUUAUUUUUGGAAUAUCAAAAAUUAUAUUAUCAAGGAGGUUUAUCAAAUAUUUAUUUCUUUGACAAAGACGAUGGUAGUAUUGCAUGUGCAUAUGUUGUUAAGAAAGAUGUUGAUAGAGUCAAUAAUAUUGAAAAAGGCACAUGGGAUUCUAUUAAUGUUGUUGAUAUUAAAAUUACUGAUCCCAGUAAAAAGAAAAUUGUUUAUAAGUGUACUAGCUCAGUAAUUUUAGAAAUGGAAAUUAAUGAUAUUAGUGCAGGAAAAGUUAAUAUUUCAGGAACCUUAACCAAAUCAAAAGAAGAAACUAAAGUGUUGGAUGGAACAACUGAUUUGCAUGCCUUCCACUUGAAAAAUAUUGGUUAAAUUAUUGAAGACAUGGAAGGAAUGUUAAGAAACGAUUUAGAUAACUUUUACAUUGGAAAAACUAAAUAAAGUAUCUUUGAAAUGAGAGAUCUUCAUGGACAUUAAGAAAUUGAAAACAUUAAAAAGGGUCUUGCUAAAGAUUUAUUAAGUAGAUAAGCAGUUUGA